AUCUUGCAAUCCGCUUCGUUUAGGAUUGUUUCUGUGAAGUUACAUUUACGGGUCAGGUUUGCAGUUUGGGGCCCGCGACCGGGGCGAAUCCGCGAUGUCUCUUUAGGUCGAAUUCCGUUUAUGAGGAUGUCGGGAAUGGCCAUUCGCUGUGCGGCCUCGGGAUCGCUCUUGGCGAGUCCUGCCGCGAGCUCUCGGCCGGCUUGGAGGGCUGCGCCAGUGCUUUGCAGUCCGCGUGUCCCUUGCACGCCCCUAGAACUAGGCGUCAGCUGCCGGCGAUCAUGCAUGCAGCGGAGAUGGAGCCGAGCAGCUAACGUGCGCACUCUGGCCACAUCGCGAGGAGAGCAGCCGCAAGACUCGGGUCCCAGCACCAGUGGGCGGGCCGAACUCCCGCUUGAUUCCGGGAUUGGAAAGCUCAUAUCUACGACAGCAAAGGCUAUCGGGCUGGUGGGCUUGAUGGCUGUCGCGGUCCUCUCCGGGCCAACUCGGGCGGCGCAUGCGCGCGACAGGCUGUCAGCGCAGCCAGCCGCCGAGGCGCUCAUCCACCACCAACAGCCAUACCAACAGCCGCACCACCACCAGCAGCAGCACCGCAGCGCUGGCGCCGUCGCCAACCCAGUCCUCUCAGACCUGGCCGCGGCGCCCGCCACCCUGGAGCCCGCCACCCUGGAGCCCGCCACCUCCACCACCAGCGCCCUGACCCCGGUGGAGGCGGCAUACAGCGCCUACCUCCGCCGCAUCGCGGAGGCCUACCUGGCGGAGCACCCGCAGAUGGCGGCGCCGGAGCACGCGGCGCACGUGGCGCGGGUGGUGCGCAGCCGGGCGCUGGGCACGCCGCUGUCGUUCGACGAGCUGAUGCGGUCGGCGGUGCCGGCGCCCGGCGAGGUGCCCAACCGCAACAGCCGCGGACAGGUGGCGGAGCAGGUCCGCGCCAUCCUGGACCAGUACGACCGCGAGGACUUCGACCUGGGCAUCAAGCAGUUCAUGCUGGAGGCCAAGGUCAAGGCGAAACUGGAGGCUGCCAGCCGCGGCACCUCCCGCGACCGCGCCGCGCCCAAGGACUACGAGGAGGCGCUGGCGGCGGAGCUGUUCGCGGCGGAGGAGGGCGCGGCGCCCAAGGAGAAGGCCAAGACCGAGGACAUGGUGGACGACGCGUUCACCACCGAGGUGGUGGAGGAGGCCAUGGCGCUGUUCGGGGACGCCAACAGCGUCAAGACCGCCUGGCGCACACAGGAGGUCCUGCGCGAGCUGAGCUACACGCAGCUGUGGGCGCUGGUGGGCGAGGGCCACGUGGCGCGGGUGCGCUUCUACGGCCCCGAGAAGAACAAGGUCAUGGCCACCACGCGCGCCUCCGCCCCCGGCGGCGAGCGGCUGUGCAAGGUGGUGCUGCCGCCGGACCCGGAGCUGCUGGACCACCUGGUGUCCAACGGUGUGGUGGUGGACACGGGUGUGACGGAGGACGACCGCCUGCGGGCCAGCCUGCUGGUGCAGAUGCUGCGCUACACGGUUCCCUUCAUGGUGAUCAGCGGCCUGUUCUGGAUGAUCCACACCUGGAUCCUGGACCCGCUGCCCAACAAGUUCCGACGCCAGGAGUUCAUCAGGUACCGGCGCGAGAUGCUGCACGUGGCCUCCAAGCUCAACUUCCGCACCCCGGCCCGCGAGGUGCGCAUCGACACCGGCAGCCCCGACUUCAUCAAGUGGGAUGACAUCAACGGCAUUGACGAGGUCAAGAAGGAGAUCAACGAGAUCAUCGAGUACCUCAGGAACCCGGCGCUGCUGCGCUCCCGCGGCGUGGCGCGCAUCGGCGGCGUGCUGCUGGCGGGCGCUCCGGGCACCGGCAAGACGCUGCUGGCCAAGGCCAUCGCGGCGGAGGGCGGCGUGCGCAUGUUCACAUGCAGCGGCACCGACUUCUAUGACGUGUACAGCGGCGUGGGCGCGCGCCGUGUGCGCGAGACGUUUGACCGGCUGCGCAACGCCGCGCCCGCCAUCCUGUUCAUCGACGAGUUCGACGCCAUGGGCGCGGCGCGUGGCGCACAGGCCAGCGGCGACGAGUCGGCGUCCAUCAUCAACGAGCUGCUGGUCCAGAUGGACGGCUUCGAGGACAACCGCGGCAUUGUGGUGCUGGGCGCCACCAACCGGCCCGGAGCCAUCGACUCGGCGCUCAUCCGCCCCGGCCGCUUCGACCGCAUCAUCUACAUGCCGCUGCCGGACGCGCUGGGGCGGGCCAAGAUUAUGCAGGUCCACGCCCGCAACAAGGCGGUGGACCCCAACAUCAACUGGUACGAGGUGGCGCGGGCCAUGGCGGGAUUCACAGGCGCGGACGUGAUGGGUCUGAUGGCUCGCGCCGCCCGCAUGGCUGCUCGCCAGGGCCGCCACGCCAUCACGGAGGACGACAUCUACGCAGCCAUGGAGAACAAGACCAUGGAGGCCACGCUGGAGGCCAGCACUGCGGGCGACGGCGGCGGCCUGGUGGGCGGCGAGGGCGUGGAGGGCAGCCCCGACCCCAUCCCGCCCCAGCUGCGCCGCGCCGUGUCGGUGUACGAGGCGGGCAAGGCGCUGCUGGCCUACAUCACACCCGACUACGAGGAGAUUGCGCGGGUGUCGGUGUGCCCGCUCAACGUGCUGACCGGCUUCACGCUGUUUGUGGAGGACGAGGACAAGAACGUGAACGCCAUCCUCACCCGCUCCGAGCUGGAGGGCCGCAUGGUGGUGCACCUGGCGGGCCGAUGCGCCGAGAAGCUGGUCAUGGGCGAGGGCCAGAUGACGGGCAUGGGCUCGCCCGACCUGUUCCACGCCAACCUCAUUGCGCGCGAGAUGAUCAUGUCCAUGGGCAUGGGCCGCCGCACCGGCCCCAUCGACCUGCUGCGCGUGGCCGCAACCAGCGAGGCCGCCAGCGGCGCCGACACGCUGCGGGCGGGGCCGGCGGCGGCGGACGGCGACCCCUUCUACUACCACACCACCGACAUGAGCACGGAGCAGGCCCGUGUGGCUCUGGCCGAGGUGGUGGAGCUGCUGGACGCGGCGGAGGCCAAGGCCAUGUACGGCCUGGCCAUCAACUGGCGCGCGCUGCAGGCGCUCACGCAGGCGCUGCUGGACAGGGGCACCAUCACGGGCAAGGAGGUGGCGCACAUCCUGGAGUCCAACGGCGUCAUCCACUUCCCCGACCCCUACACCACUGGCUUCGGUUGGGACCCCGAUGGCAGCCUGCGCUACCCCUUCAAGCCGGACACGCCGCCGGAGGGCGGCAGCGGCGGCGGCGGCGCGGCGGCGGAGGGCUCGGCGCCGCAGACACCCGACCUCAGCGGCGCGCGCGGCAAGACCUGGUUCGCAGGCACGGCCUACGACGCGCCUCGCAACGCGGACGGCACCUUCAAGCACGGCUGGCACUGGAACAUGCCCUUCUCCGUCAAGACCGAGCUGCCCGACUGGUACAAGAAGGAGGUGGAGCGCUACAGCUACUAGGCGGUGUGGGGGGGAGCAGGUGGAGUGGGAUUAGGAGGACGGGGCAGGCCGCACCCAGGCUGUGUGACGAGCAGCAGUGUCAGGCCGGAACCAGAUUUGGGGGAGCGACGGCUGCAUGAUGUGAGGCCUUGAGGGUGAGUAGGGAGACAGGACGGAUGCGCGCUGCUGUCCUUUUUGUGGCAUGGAGCAUUGGGGCCACAUUAGGCGGCGCAGUGAAGGGCACACUAAGGGCUGCUAGAGCUCUCUAGUCCUGGCACAGCUGGAGGAGGCAGGAGGGUGCUAGGGCGCUCGGCUGUAGCCUUGCAAGUGGGCCUGGUGUAAACACACGUGACA